AUGGCGGCAAUGGCGAAUCUCGCUAAUACCAUGGAAGCUAAUAUUGUUGCGACUCUACAAGCUGUGCAGAGAUUGGGCCAACCGGCCGGGAAUGGAAAUAGCAAUGGGAAUGGCGAAGGAAAUGCCAAUGAUAAUGCUGAGGGUAACAGUGAUAACACAGGAGGAGUUUUGAUGACCUUGGCAACGUUCUUCAUGGUUCAUCCGCCAACUUUUCGAGGAUCCACAAAUCCUAUUGAAGUGAACCACUGGUUCCAGGGUAUGGAGCGUGCUUUACAAGCGCAACAUGUUCCCCUCAAUCAGUAUGUAGAGUUUGCCGCUUAUCAACUAGCAGGAGAGGCCCAGCCCUGGUGGCAAGCUGAGUGUCAUUUGCUACAGUUUCAGAAUGCCGACAUUCCAUGGGAGGUGUUCCAAACGGCUUUCUAUAAGAAAUACUUCCAUAAGUCUGCAAGGGAAGCAAAGGAAAUGGAGCUAAUGCAGCUGAAGCAAGGUUCCAUGUCUGUGGAUGAGUACACCAACAAGUUCGAAGAGCUUUGUAGGUUUUCUCGAGUGUGUCAGGGUGACCAGGAGACUUACGAGAGUUGGAGAUGCGUUAAGUACCAAAGGAGUUUGAAGGAUAACAUUAUGACUGUUGUGACUCCUUUGGAGAUCCGUGUCUUCUCUAACUUAGUGAACAAGGCUAGAGUAGUGGAAGAGUAUACCAAGAUCGUGGCGGCAUCUAAGGACACUUAUGGAGGGAGCUCUAUUCGGGGGCGUGGCAAGUACUUUCGUUCGAGAGGACAAAGCUUUAAGAAAGGAGAAUAUGCGCCUCAAGGCCAAGGGGGCUUUAGAAAGAAUAAUCAGAAUCAAUUUCAGUAUGCUAAGGGAAGAGGAAAUCAGAGUAAGAAUUCUCUGGAUUUGACUUGUGUAUGUUGUGGGCGUUUCCAUCCUUAUGACUCAUGCAAAAUUAGUUUAGGUGGUUGUUUCAAUUGUGGGUUGCCUGCGCACAUUGCGAGGGAUUGCACUCGUAGGAAGAACCAGAAUACGGGCCAGAGUCAGCAUCAAGGUCGAGUCUUUGCUGUGAAUGCCAAGGAUGCUUCCAAGGCGGAUCCGUUAAUGAGAGGUAUAUGUCUAAUUGGUGAUAAAUCCUUACUUGCAUUAUAUGAUACUGGAGCUUCGCAUUCGUUUAUUUCAUUUGCUAAAGUUGAGAAAUUGGGCUUGAAAGUGUCAGAAUUACCUUUUGAUCUGCAUGUGCAUACUCCGCAUCAAAUAGUUAUGACUAGGUCAGGUUAUAGACAAGUAGGUUUCAAGCUUGAGGGUAGAGACUUUGUGCACGAUUUAAUCUGUUUACCCAUGGUGGGGCUAAAAAUGAUUUUGGGGUUUGAUUGGCUGUCAAAUAAUCGGGUUUUGUUGGAUUGCUUUGAACGAACUAUUCGGUUUAUGUCGGAAGGAGAGAAUGGAGCAGUGGUAGCUACAAGGUGUUACUUGAACUCUGUAAUGGUGCAUUGUAGUGGGGAGGAGUGUCAGGGUUAUAUUCUGUUGGCUACUAAUGCGUUGGGUGAUGCCCAGAACUUAGAUCAGAUUCUGGUGGUUAGAGAUUUUCCAAAAGUAUUUUCGAAAGAUAUCCCUGAGUUCCCACCUCAAAGGGAAAUUAAAUUUGCAAUUGAAUUGGUGCCGGGAGCCAGACCAGUAUCGAUUGCGCCGUAUAGAAUGGCUCCGAUAGAACUUGCAGAAUUAAAGACUCAGUUGGAAGAGCUUCUUAAUAAGAGGUUCAUUCGACCGAGUGUAUCACCGUGGGGAGCGCCAAUUUUAUUGGUGAAGAAGAAAGAUGGAGGAAUGCAUCUGUGUGUGGAUUACUGA